AGCUCUAGUUUUUGUGUGAAAAAUCUGGCGAAAGGAUUCUGUUAAAAGUUAUUCUGUUACCAACUCGAGCAACGCCUUUGACCGCCGGUGUGCCGCCCUAGCGAAUCGCGUUUGUCCAGUUGUUGCCAACGCAGUGGGUAAAGCUGUCGCCAUUUGCCAAUGCAAUUUGCUAAAUGCCGUACAAACGAAUUGUCGCGUCGCAUUACGUUUCAGUGUUGCCAACUUUUUCGGAGUGCCGGGAAUGAUUGAAUUCCUGGCCGCACAGACGCUUUGCAGCCGAUAUGUUCACGCCGUUGGACUGAUUCGCUCGCCCCGCUUAUUGGGCUCGUUCCGAAGAGUCUGAUUUGUGUUCUUCAGCCUCUAAUUUGGUCGCGAAAACGUCGAAACGCCGGCCGACUGACGGACUCCAGCCGGAAAACGGCCAAGCUGACAGCACUAUCAGAACAAAAAAUGAAGUGAACUUCAGGAAGAGGGAUAGCCACAGGAAAAGCAUAAAGAAAAGCUGGUAGAGUGUGCAAAUGACAGUGGCCAGCGAGCACCUUUAUUUCCCAUUCCAUGCCGUUCUGUUGAGUUGUCCGCUACUCUAAGUGGUCACUAUCAUCAUCAUCAUUACUACCGUCUACGGGUCGCUGUUUUUAGUCAACCACCCACCAGCGAAACGGCCCUAAGAACGCUCAAAAGCACCGGCUCAUCUUCGUCUUGAUCAUCUCCUUUGUCUGGGUAUCCCACCACACAGUUCAGAUCCUUUCCUGUCCACAGUUAUGUCAUCGACCGCCGGAAAGCGCAAGGAGAUCUAUAAGUAUCUCGCACCAUGGCCCCUGUACUCCAUGAACUGGAGCGUGCGGCCUGACAAGCGGUUCCGACUCGCACUUGGCAGCUUCAUCGAAGAGUACAACAACAAGGUGCAGAUCAUCAGCCUGGACGAGGACACAAGCGAAUUUAGUGCUAAGAGCACCUUUGAUCAUCCAUAUCCGACAACAAAGAUCAUGUGGAUACCGGACUCCAAGGGCGUCUAUCCGGAUCUAUUGGCCACCAGCGGUGACUAUUUGCGGGUAUGGCGCGCCGGCGAACCAGACACACGGCUGGAGUGCGUGCUAAAUAACAACAAGAACAGUGACUUCUGCGCCCCGCUCACCUCGUUCGAUUGGAACGAGGUGGAUCCAAAUCUGGUUGGCACCUCCUCAAUAGACACCACCUGCACCAUAUGGGGACUGGAGACCGGACAGCCGCACGCCCGCGUGUAUGUGGCGGGACACGUGAAGACGCAGCUGAUUGCCCACGACAAGGAGGUGUACGACAUCGCCUUUUCGCGGGCAGGCGGCGGUCGGGAUAUGUUUGCCUCUGUGGGAGCGGAUGGAUCGGUGCGCAUGUUCGACCUGCGCCAUUUGGAGCACUCAACCAUUAUCUAUGAGGAUCCUGCCCACACGGCGCUGCUGCGCUUGGCCUGGAACAAACAGGAUCCGAACUAUUUAGCCACCGUUGCCAUGGACUCGUGCGAAGUUAUAAUUUUAGAUGUUCGUGUUCCUUGUACACCCGUUGCAAGACUGAGCAAUCACAGAGCGUGCGUCAACGGUAUUGCGUGGGCGCCGCAUAGUUCCUGUCACAUCUGCACUGCCGGUGAUGAUCACCAAGCACUGAUCUGGGAUAUACAACAAAUGCCACGAGCAAUAGAGGAUCCAAUUUUAGCCUAUACAGCUGCCGAGGGCGAAGUCAAUCAGAUCCAGUGGGGCGCCACACAGCCCGACUGGAUAGCCAUUUGCUACAACAAAGCGUGCGAAAUUCUGCGGGUCUAAGAGUCAAUUUUUUGGUCUGGUCCCUGGCUAUAGCACCUGGUUGCAAUUGCUGAACAACGCACAGUCAACAGAAAACAGAACAUCAGAAAAACAUACACACCCCACAAAACACACACAUUUGCUGUUGGUGACUUGGAGGCGGAAAGAGUGAGCUUAAGUUGAAUCGGUUUUUUCAACACGCUUCUACCGUUUGUUUAGGGGGUGCACCCAAGUUUUGCCGGCAAGAAAAGAGUCAAUGGUAGCCCUUUUUUGGCUUAAUAUGGUCGCAGAAAACAAACUUUCGAUUUUUUGAAACCAAGACAUGAGCAAACCACGCUAUUUUUUUUGUACACCGCGAGAAAGGGCGGAAGAAUAAUUGAAGGCUUGCAGGACGGACUUUGAAGAGAGGGUGGCAUAUAAGGGAAAACGAAGGCGACGGAUUAUGUAUUCUAGAAUUAUUAGCUUAGUUGAUCAUAAAUGUAUGUUUGUCAUGUCUAUAAGGUGUAAGCAAAAUACGUAUUUCUAACUGUAGUUUAUUUCACACUUGACAAGACCGCCCAGCCCACGCAAGUCCGAAUCUAUUAGAUGCGCUUCAUUUAAUUUAAUUCUUGAUUACUUUCUUGAUUGUGCAAACCCGAGUAGAGUAGUAAGCAAAAGUAAACACAUAAAAACAAUGUCCUACCUCGUUUUUUCAACUACGAAUAUUGAUUGUUAACCAAGUUUUUGAGUCUGGCCAAAACAGCGAUGACAACAGCCACAGCAACACACAAAGAAAAGAAGGGGAAAUAAAGUAGACAGUAACAACGCUUUUUCGAAAUAUUUUUACUUUGUUCAAUUUUUGUAUGAGAACCAACAACGGGAAACCAACAAAAACAAGAUAUAAAGAAAAAACCAUGGACUUAAGCAAAUGCAAGCAAACAAAAUACGAAAUGAAUUAAAUAAAUAGGUGGAAAUACUUACAUAAAUAAAAGAGUAAAAGCAAACCGAAAAAAAAAAUGCACACAACACAGCUAGAUUAUAAACUACUUAAAGAUUCAAACUAAAAGCAAAACAAAUACCGAAAUAUAUGAGCGAGAGAGAAUACAAGAUUGUUGCUAUAUCCAUUUAAAAAGAAUCGAAACAGAAAUAAACUAUGAUCAUUUCAGAUAAGACAGGACUCUCCAUGAAUAAUCCCAACAACAUCACACACUUUCCACAGGACAAAACGACUUUUCAGAUAAAAUCGAAACAUUUUUUUUAUGUAUCUUGUAAUUUAUAGCAGUUUCACAACUUACUUAUAUAUAUAGAUAUGUAUACAAAAGCGAUAGAAGUACCGAUAAUCCCGAUGAUCAUGUUUUGUAAAUACAGCAUGAAGGCAACUUUUAAACAGCAAAUCAGCAGUCGGAAGCCGUGAAUCUUUUGAGCAAGACUUAGGUCCUGGUUUUGUAUAGCCAUUCAAGAGGACCAUAAAACCCCGAAUAAGUAUCCCCUUAAUGCAAACACUCUUCGUUUGCCACAGAAAGUUACAAAUCGAAACGAAUCGAAUGAAUCCCUUUUGUUAUUUUGUGUUUGCAACCGUAAUCAAAGACGUUUUCCCUGAUUUGGCACUCCCUCAAAACAAAAAUCUGAAAGAAAUUAGACUUUAUUUUCGUUUAUCCUCCUUUGUGAUCUUUAUUUUACCAUAUGGUUUGCGUUAUAAGGCAAUGUAACUACAUUUAUAUAUAUAUUGUAUAUGUACACACAAACACAAGCGCGUAUAUAUAGACAUCCGAUCGAGCUGAAGAGGUUACUAGGAAGCUAUUGAUUGAUCGAUAAAACCAAACAAAACGAAGGAUGGGGUUGGAGAAAACAAACCAAAACAGACAAAUAUUUAAAUAAACCAUUUUUAAAUAAUAAA